UCGACGGCUCGCUGCGCCGCCUCCGGCUGCGGCCGCAUCGCCGACGCCUCGACCGAGUCAUCGGGCACCACCACCGCUGUACCACCUCCCCGACUGUUAGCCAUCCUGUUUGAUAAAAUGUCGGCACCAGCAUCCAUUCCCUGUGGUUCCAAGAGUGUGCGAGGCAACGACAACGGUGUCGACAGGCUCAGCAGCCUGUCCGACGAUCUGCUCCACCACGUGAUGUCCUUCCUGCCGACGCCGGAGGUCGUGCGCACAAGUCUUCUCUCACCAAGGUGGCGCAAUCUCUGGAGCUCUGUUCCAUUUAUCCACAUCAACAACAAAGACUUCGUGGUUAAAAAUGAUGUGGGCAUUGCUUGCUUUGAUAACCACAAGCUGGAGAACUUCGUGGACCACUUGCUGCUCUUGCGUGACGGCACUGUUUCCUUGGAUGAGGUCCGGGUCGUCAUCACGACUCGCAGUAGUAAGAAGAGUUCUGUGUGGAUUCGUCAUGCCAUCAAGCACAAAGUUCGUCUCCUUCAUAUUUCUGGAUUUCACCACCAUCUGAUUUUGGAUAGCACAGCAAUGUUUCCUUCUCUGUACCUCAAAAGAAUCAGGCUCUGGUAUGUCCGUUUGAACGAUUGGUUCGAUAAGCCGCUGAAUUAUGACUGGCCUGUGCUCGAACAUCUAGAGUUGGAGUGUUGCAUUCUCGAUACAAGGAGGAUCUCAUCGAGCUCACUCAAGGUUCUACAUAUCAUCGACUGCAUCAUUGGCAAUGAUCUCCUGAUUGGUGCUAGGAAGCUUACCCAUCUCUCUGUCAUUGACCCAGAAUGUCGUCGUGGUGCUAUAGUUACCUGGGAUCUGUCUUCUCUAGUGUCAGCUUCGCUUAGUCUAGGGUCUGAGUUUCAUUAUGAUGAUAACACAGAAGUAGAUCAUCAUCUACUUGAUGGCCUUUCACAUGCCACAACAUUGGAGUUGCAUGCACCGUUACCUGAGCUCACAUUCGAGAGGGGUUUGCAAGCAUGCCCGAUGUUCAGCAAUCUGACGAGCUUGGUGCUGGGUGAUUGGUGCAUGGCUGCUGACUUCUACCCACUGUUCCGUAUUGUCCAUCGCUCGCCCAUGCUGAAAGAGCUAACUGUUAAGCUCAAGAUGGAGCACUGUGAAACACGCAAGGAGGUUGAAUCUGCUUCAUUACCAUCAAGGCGAGCACCGGCAAUCAGGGGCUAUCCUCGUAUCGAGAGAAUCAAGAUAUGCUGCAGCAAAGAUGAUCCUAGGAUCGGUACGUUGGUGCAGGCGCUGCUACCGAUCUUCAUCCCAGACGGGAAAAUCAAUAUCGAGGGUUACUAA